AAGAACACCUUGACCUAAGCAGGCCGACAACGUCUGAGCGCCUACGAGAGAUCAAGUAGGCGACAAUCGACAAUUCUACCUCGUCUACAACGCAAUUGGUCCAACCCACCUCUCACGCCAAAGAACGCCACGAAGGCAGACACAAUGGUCGACAUCCUACCCCUCUCCUCAUUCCCCUCGUACAUGCACCUCUUACCAGCUGUACAAACAUGCAACAUCACCAACCUCCCCGAAAACUACUUUCUAAAGUACUACCUCUACCACGCCUUGACAUGGCCACAACUCAGCUUCGUGGCCGUGGUACGAUCGAGAAAACAACAGCAGAAAGACGGUCGAGGUAGUGUGGAUUAUGAUUAUCCCAAAGUCGUGGGAUAUGUACUUGCGAAAAUGGAAGAGGAGCCGUCAGAUGGCGUGGCGCAUGGACAUAUUACGAGUUUGAGUGUGAUGAGGACUCAUCGACGAUUGGGGAUCGCGGAGAGGUUGAUGAGGAUGAGUCAACGCGCAAUGGCCGAAUCACACCGAGCACAUUACGUCUCUCUACAUGUGCGUGUAUCCAACACAGCCGCCCUCCGCUUGUACAGGGAUACACUGGGGUUCGAAGUGGAGAAAAUCGAAAGCAAAUACUACGCCGACGACGAAGAUGCAUAUGCCAUGCGUCGAGACCUCACGCCGCUAUGGCUGGAUUGGUCUGAAGAUAAAACCGAGGAGAAGACAGCUGCAGAAAAUGGAGAUGGGCAUGCUGAUGAGGGUGAGGCUGUUGGUGAGCUUGGUGGGAAAGAGAAGGAGGAGAAAAAGAUUCGUGUCAAGGUUGGGAGGGGUCUAGGCGUGGGAGAUUUAGUGGAAAGAAAUGAGGCGGCGAGUCGAUAACGCUCUUCGUACGGGCAUCUAAAAAUUCCGCCCUUGCUGGAUUACUUAGCUACCUAGGUGAUUUAGAGUAUUAACUAUGAGGGCGGAUAGAUGAUUGAUGGUAUCACUUAUAUUUCGCUAAAAUUGGCUCCUGGACAACAUUCCAAACGACCAGGAAACCAGACAUGCCUUCAGUUAUCCAUUUGCUGAAUCGAAGUUCCAUCCAACUCCGCUAUUUGCGUCUUAGUACCAUCAGGAUCUCUCUCCUGACUCACAUUCCCUCUACUUGAAGUGCUACUCCCCUGUCCCUGCACCGCAACAUCAUUAACAGCAUGCCUCAUAGCACUUCCCUCAAUAGUCCCCGUCUCCAGACUCGCCGACGAUGAAGAAUGAAGUAUCGUAAACGGCGUUGUCGGUGUCGUAGUAGUUUUCCGUUUAGCCAACACUUUCAUCGCUUUUCGUUGCUGUUUCUCUCGCUCCUUGUACGAUUUCUCGAUCUCUUUGAUCCGCUCUUUGUUUGCCUUUUGGAUUUCUUUUACACGCUGGCGCUGGGCUUCGGUCCAUGCCUUUGCUGCUUCGUGCGGGUCUAUGGGUGUUGCUGGUGUAAUUGAUGCGGUUGAUUGAGAAGAUAUUAUUGACGGGGAUGGUGGUGGGAUGUUACUACUUUCACCAGCGACUUGAUGAAUAGGUUCGCUGAUGGUGCGAUUCAUUGACGCUGACGGAGCCUGCAUUUGCGCAUCCUUGUACAUUUCCGUAUUCUCAGGAAAUCCGCGUGAUUGCCGAGACAGCGAUUGCGAUGAUUGCAUAGACAUCAAUAAACUACCUGCUCGCAAUCGUUCCUGCCACUCCCUCUCCUUCGUCUCCCUUCUGGCUUUCUGCAUAUCGCGGACUUCUCGUUUUGCGCGACGCUCUACUUCGUGGAACUUUUCUCGUAGAAGUUUGGACUCUCUUUUCAUAGUCUGUCGGCGGUUCUCCCUGUUAGCAGCUUCUUCGGGAGUUUCCCAUCGGGAAUGAUACGAUCUGAUUCGACGGGUGCAUCGAGACUUUUUCAUGGCUUCGAGUUGACUGCGGAGGGAUACCGCGGCGUCGUAUAGUUCAUGAUGGUGGUAAUCAUCUAGAGUUGAUAAUUGGGAUCGGAUGGAAGUCAGAUCAUCUGGUUCCAAGUCAGAGACCGACGAGACAGUAUCAAUAGACGAUAUGGACGAUAUCGAUGUAUCAGAAGCUGUAGAUUGGCGCCGAGAUCGCGGCCGUUGUCUGUUAUUGAGGUUGCCAUUGGUUAAACCGUAUGUUGAUUGAUCGUAUGAGUGAUCUGUAGGUAAUGGACCUGGAAGCGGAUUGACAACACGUCUCCCCAUGUUAGACGCCCAAUUGGCGAUUCGAUCUCCAGCCUGCUCAAUCAUCUGCCCCUUCGCUAACGCCAUCGCUUCUAGUUGCCUUCCGCGUAUCAAUGCACUAUCUUCCAUUCUCCUGCUGUACAUUUCCACCUGUCGCGAACGUGCCAGGGCACUCUCUUCAAUCGCUCUACUGUAAUCUUGCGCCUGGUUGCUAAUUCUGGCAGCAUAUUGUUGUGCAAUUGAACUCAUCUGUGCAGCCCAAGACAUGGGAUUGGACCUCCAAGGAACAGAAGACUGGUAACGCUCGGGAAAAGCCAUUCGAGCCUGAUUUCGUCCUUGGCUUAGGAUUCCGCCAGAGACAGUGACAGGAGAUAUUUCAGUCCCAGCACUAGAGGUUUGUGAUGAUGACUCCGAACCCCAGCUAUUCUGUGGUACUGGUCUUCGCUUUAUAGUUCGGCUGCGGGAUUGUUGCUCCGUGGAUACUGGAAUUGGCGCAUUCAUCGAGUCGUUACGAGCCAAUCCACCGCGAUUUCGAGAAAUAUCCGUUGCCUGCGGGUAACAAUUCGGACACAGAGAAGAGGGCGGUCCUUCCUCCAAGUCCGCCACAUAUUUCCAUGUAACAUGGACUCCGCGACUUGCAAAGAAGUAAUCGUUCCACUCCGUAAUCAC